AAGGCGGUGCUGCAGGGGCUGUUUUCCUGCGUCACUCGAUCCGCCUGAUCUCGUCUUCUCCACUCUUCAUCCCAUACAUCAGCAGCUCUAGCGGAUCUGAUCUAUCCACCCAUGGGUCAGUCGGCAACCAAGUCAGGUGUGGUCGUAUGGGGCUCUCCCGAGUACGGCCAGCUGGGAAUCGGCAACCCGAACCCCACGGAGGACAAAGCCAGCCCUCCGCGGCUCGUCGAGGCCCUCAGAAACAUCGCCGUGCGCAGCGUGGCCUGCGGCGGACACCACUCGGCCGCCGUGGGCGAGAGCGGCGAAGUCUACGUAUGGGGUGGCGGCAGGAGGGGGCAGCUCGGCACGGGAGAUACGAAAGACGUCAUCCUUCCCAAGGCCAUCCGGUCUCUCCAGAGCAAGGCCAUUCGGCAGGUGGCCUGUGGCGAGCAUCACUCGGCUGCCGUCACGGAGAGCGGCGUGCUCUACACCUGGGGACUGCCACGCAACGGGCGGCUGGGCCACGGCAGAGAGGAGGGGGAGAUGCUCCUGGUGCCCAAGGUUGUGGAGGCCCUUAGCGGCCAGCAAGUGGUGCAGGUGUCCUGUGGCGACUUCCACACGGCCUGCCUCGUCAAUGCCACCGCCGCACAGCAGACCAGCGCAACAGCAGCAGCAGCCGGCGGCACCCCGCAGCCCACGUCAGUCUACACGUGGGGAAUGGGCCUUUCUGGCCGCCUGGGGCACGGCGACGAAACCGACCGAUAUGUGCCGACGUCCGUGGAAGGCUUGGCGGUCGUGCAAGUGACGCAGGUGUGCUGUGGCGGCCACCACACCGCCGCUGUCACCGAGUCGGGGCAGAUGUACACAUGGGGCGGCGGCGCCUUCGGCAAGCUCGGGCACGGCUCACGGCUGGCGGUCAUGACCCCGCGGGCUGUGGCCUUCUUCAGCGGCCCGGUGGGCGGCGGUCCCUCGUCGUCGAUCCGCGGUCGUCGUGUGGUGCAGGCCUCCCUGGGGGCGCACCACAGUGCGGCCGUGACGAGCAAGGGGGAGGUGUUCACCUGGGGCCAGGCAGGGCGGCUCGGUCACGGUUGGGGGGCAUCGGGGAGCACCAGUGGUGUGGGGACGGAGCAGGACGCCAUGAUGCCCAGGCAGGUGGCUGCGCUGGCGGGCAUCUUUGUGGUCAUGGUGUCGUGUGGCCACUCGCAGACGGCGGUCGUGACUGAGACGGGCGACGUGUGGGCGUGGGGCACCACACGGGUGCUGGGGCAUGCCGAUCUUAGCGUGGCGCCCAACUCGCCGUCCUGCGUCAAAGCCCUCACAGGUAGGAAGGUAGCACCGCACCAACCACACCUGACUGAUGUCUUUGGUCUGUUGGGUUUAUUGUUUGGUUGUAUGCCACCCAUAUGUGUGUGUGGUGUGUUGGUUCAGGCAAGGCGAUCAUCCAGGUGUGUUGCGGCUCCUCGCACACCAUAGCGCUCUCGGACUUCAAGCGCCUCGCAUCCCGGCUCCCCCCAAACCUGCAGCCCCCCGCAGCACUCACAGCACCCACACACCAGCCAUCGCCCCCAGCAGCCGGAGGAGGAAUAACAGCCCCGGGCGCCACCCUGCGCCCUCCCCCACCCGCUCCAGGCUCUUCCCUCUCCCUCUCGAUGCCAACACGCCCCUCCUUCACGACUGACCAGACCAUCACGGAACCUUCGUCAAUAGAGGUGGGGAGUGAGGGUGCCGCAGAGCCCGCGAGUGGCCCUGGGCUGCCUGGGUCGGUCGGCAAGACCCUGGAGAUGGGUCUGGGGGGGCUGGAGGCGGGGAGGGAGUUACCAACCACUGCGGCGGCGGCAGCGCAGCCGCAGCAGCCUCCUUCUGGCCUUCGACAGCUGGCGUAUCUGAGUGCGGAGCUCAAGGCAUACCAGGACCAGACGAUUCGGCUGGCCAAGGCGCUGCACGAGACCAACAGACGGGUAGGAGGGGAUGGGGCGGAAAAGGCGGGCAGAAGCUAGAUGCGUGUGUGUGUGUGUGUGUGUUUUCAUCUUGUGUGGUUAGUUGGAGCAGUCCCAGGACGAGAACUCUCUUCUCAAGUCGGAGCUGCACGCACUGCGGCAGGUGGCUGAGGGGACGGAUGGUCGACUCACACACGCAGCCAGCCAGCCGCAUUAAUUCCAUGUGUGUGUCCUUCCUUCGUAUGCAUGGAUGGACCCAGACCAACACCGAGACAGCCGAGCAGAUCGACGGCCUGCGGCAAAACUUCGUACAAAGGUAGUUAUUUUAUGCCCGCAGACAGACACAGGAUCCCUCCCUCUGAUUAGUUUGUUCAUUUCGUCAUCUGUGCACACACAGGAUCCGCGAGAUCGAGAGGCGUCACAGUGAGAAGGAGGCCAGGUGGAAGGCCACCUUCCAGCGACUCCGCUCCCAACUCGACAACACCUUCCAGCCUGGGUUAACCGACGACACUCACACACUCCCGCUCCCGGCAGCACCGCUGGUCGACAGCCACACACACACUCAUGGGGUUGAGGUGUCUGUGGCUGCUAGUGGGGGCGGGGCAAGUGGUUCUGGUGGUGGUGGUGUUGCUGCUGGAGGGGCGGAAGAGGCCCGCAGCUAGCCGUAGAGGAGACUUUGACGGAUGCCGUGUCUGUGUCUGUGUUUGGGUAUGCGAUGCGGGUGUUGUGUGGGUGUGUACAAGAAUGUGUAGACUGAGAG